AUGAACACAUCAUCCACCAAUGUGACACUGGAGGUUCGAUAUCAAGAUUCCUUCAGUAAAGCUGUGACCAAGAACAUAUUUGUUGUUGUUCUUGGGAUCUCCAUCAACUAUGUCAACGUCAGUCUCAUUGUCACCUUCUGCAAACAUCAGAUUUUUAACAUGAAUCCUCGGUAUAUCCUUUUUAUUCACAUGGUGAUUAACGACAUGAUCCAAGUGACUCUGUCCAUCACGCUAUUCAUCAUCAGCUACACCAUCUACAAACUCAAUGUCUCAGUCUGUUGCAUCCUGAUCCUGCUCACUCUCUUCGCCACUGAAAACACCCCUCUGAACCUGGCCUGCAUGGCAGUGGAGUGCUACAUCGCCGUCUGCAUCCCGCUUCGUUAUGUUCAAAUCUGCACUGUCAAAAGAACAUUAACGCUGAUUGGAUUAAUUUGGGCGACCAGCUUGUUGUCUGUUGUCCCUGAUCUGUUCAUCACUAUGGCAACAGAGCCUUUGGAUUUCUUUCAUUCUCAAGUGUUUUGUAUCAGAGAAACUGUGUUUAGAAAUCCUAACUUGAUAAAAAAAAGAGACAUCACAUAUUUAGUGUUUCUAGUUUUAGUGUGGUUCACAAUUUUUUACACUUACUUUAAGAUUUUAUUUACUGCAAAAACAGCAAGCAAAGAUGCGAAGAAAGCCAGAAACACAAUAAUCCUGCAUGGGUUUCAGGUGCUGCUGUGUAUGACAACAUAUGCAUCUCCUAUGUUAUUAAGUGUUCUGCAGCUAUUGUUCCCCAGAGAUCACAAUGACCUCCUCUUUGCUUACUAUAUUAUUGUGCAGGUUCUGCCAAGAGCCAUAAGCCCAAUCAUUUAUGGAGUACGAGACAAUACUUUCAGAAAGUACUUAAAAAGGUAUCUUCUAUGUAAAGCUGGAGUACUCUAGAAUUACCAUGUGGAGGCAAUUAUAAGACAA